CGUCAAUUAAUCAUCACUUUAGCUAAUUGAUUAAUUCAUUCCGAUCAUCAUCGAAUACUGACAGUUGAUUUCAUCAGCGUUUGAUCCUGAUGGAGAUCCGGCCCAAUCAGACGGUCGACAACUCGUCGAUCCCGCGGCAGCAGCAGCAACGUGCGACUGCCGCCUCUUCCAAACAGCCCGUUUCUUCUCCAAAUCCCGUCGACGCCACUUCGGUCACUCAGAGGCUUCAGAAAGAGCUCAUGUCUCUUAUGAUGAGUGGAGGAGAACUGGGAGUAUCAGCAUUUCCUGAAGGGGAGAGCAUUUUUACUUGGAUUGGCACAAUUGAAGGUGGAAAAGGAACUAUGUACGAGGGUUUAUCGUACAAACUUUCUCUCAGGUUCCCAUUGGACUACCCCUUCAAGCCCCCUCAAGUCAAGUUUGAAACCAUGUGCUUUCAUCCGAAUGUUGAUCAGUUUGGGAACAUUUGCCUUGAUAUCCUUCAGGACAAGUGGUCUUCUGCUUAUGAUUGCAGAACCAUUCUUCUGUCCAUUCAAAGUCUACUAGGAGAACCUAACCCUGAGAGUCCCCUCAACAGCUAUGCUGCAGCACUUUGGAGCAAUAAAGAAGAUUACAGAAAAAUGGUCCACAAACAGUAUUUUGCUGGAGAAGCAAGUGAGAGCUGAUGGCUGGUGCAGAAGUCAUUACCAAUGACGAAUCUGGAAGUCAUCUCCCUGCAGAAUCUCUCUUUAAAACUCGGGGAAAAGAUCAAGAAGCUUAGAAUUUUAUAGAUUUUCUGUCAGUGUAUACAAAAUGAAAUUUGUAAUCCAUCGCAUUUUUCUAUGAAGCUUCGCAAGAAACCAACCGUGGGAAAUUUACAUCAUUCUCUCUUUCGUAAUUGCAUAAUAAAGCAUACGAAAGGUUGAAUCAAUUCAAAGCAGCUAU